UGUUUUUUUCUGGUGUAUGAACGCCGUCGCUGUGCGCAUGUGCAGACCGCAGCAUGGCUCACCUGCGGCGCCACUUAUAAUCAGGUAAUUGCUGCAGAAACUGUGUCCGCGAGACAGCUGCGGGUCGUUUCACGCUGUAUUACUGAAGUAUAACUGCACAGAGAGCUGCUGCAGGACAAUAAUAACCAGAUUAUCAGUUAUUACUCAUCAGAGCAGCUCACAGCUCCGACAGUUCAAGUCAUGAAUCCUCCAACCAGCAGAGACGCAACUCACCCGGCAGGGCACUACAUGCCCCAAACUUCCUCUUCAUCAGGAGGAGGUUUGUACCUGGAUGCCUACGAGGUUUCGUUCCCUCUGGAGGAAAGUAUCGAGAGACCGCCUGCGUAUCACCUGAACCAGGGCCAGCAGGUGAUGGAGGAGCCGAUGGUGCAGGAGCCUCCUCACUCUCAGUACAGCCCGUUCAUCCUGGUCUCCAACCUGCGGGCUCACCUCUACGUCACUCUGGAGAAGAACGCCUGGCUGCAGAAACGCAUCGAGGAGCUGGAGGAGGAGCGCAACUUCCUGCGCUGCCAGCUGGACCGAUUCAUCGUCAGCAUGAGAGGGCCGGAGGUGUCUGAGUGGUGCGGAGACCCCCAGCGUGCUGUGAAGGUCCAGCCCGCCAGCCCCCCCUCCCCCCCGUCCCCCAUGACCACCAGGUCCGGGAUGACCCUCAAACGGCUGCAGAGACCAGGACCCCGGGGCCGCCGCGGCACCGCCAUCCCUGUGAAGCAGGAGUUCCACCUGGAGGAGGACAAGUACUACACGGAGGACGAGUACGUGGAGGAGGACGAGGAGGAGGUGGAGGAAGACGACGACUCCGCGGUGGAGAAAGGCUCGAAGAAGAAAGGACGAGCCAACGGAGAGCCGAGGAUGAAGAUGAGGAGGAUCUUCAGGAUCACACACGGCAGGGAGAGACAGAGAGUCAAAGACCCAGAGGGAGUUCUGAUCCGCUAUAAGAAGAUCCUGACGACCUACCAGCGGGUGAGGAGCAUGUCCCGAGCCUUCCAGAUCCACGGCGUGGACAGGAACACCAUGGCCUCCACCUCGCCCAUCGCAGAGCUGCUGCUGGUGGCUCCAGAGAAGCUGACGGAGGUCGGAGAGUUCGAGGCGCCGAAGGAGAAGCUCCUGGAUUACGCUCGGCGCUGCUACAAAACGAUGGACGAGCCGACACACGCCAAAGUCCAGAGCAUGAAGAAGACUCACAAGCUGCUGCCCAUCUCCUACAGGUUCAGAAACUGAACAGUGUUUGGUUUCAGCUUCUCAACAUUUAUCAUCAUCAUCUUAACGUAAAAAAAAAAGAAGAUAAAUUAAGACACUUAAAUCCCAAAUUACAUAAUUUUCAUCAGUUUCACAGUUCUACCAACAUGCUCCUUGAUUUAGAUUUAUGUUAGUGAGUUUUCUUUUUAUUUAUGAUGCAGCUGUUAAUGAUUUUUCAGCUUGUUUUGAUUAUAAUUUUCACCGGAUGUUAAAAUAACUCUGAAGAUACUUUUUGCUUUAAAUCAGGAAUUAACUGAAGUUAUAUAUUAACUAGAAGACAGUUUAUUAGGAAGUUUAAUUUCCUUCUAAUUUCAGAUCACUAUGAUUCAGUUUGAGUGACUAUUUAUAGAGCAGGAAUCAGUGAGUAAAUGUGUUAUUUUGGAUAAAAACUGUUGAAUUUCUGCGAAAUUGAAAUAUUUGUGCUCUUUGCGGACCCCCAGAUGGUUGUUUGCCCUUAUUCAUUUUUGACACAGCCUUUUGUAUUGUGUGCAUUAUUAUUUUGUAAAAUAUUAAUUGAUUUAACAUCGUAUUAUUGGAAAAAAAUGUGUUUGUAUAUAUAUCUUGUGCCUAAGUUGUAUAUCUAUAUUAUUUGAGUCGGCCAGCUGAGCUUGUGUGAUAUUAGAAGGUUUGAAAUGUCACAAAAACAAAAAGUAAAAGUGCUUGAAAAUGUU